AAUACCUUGGCCAGGAAAAAAAGAGCGCGCGUAAGAAUUUCCAACUUCACGGAUUCCCACAACCACCGCUCUCCACAAAGCAUCCCAGAUCUCAUAAUCUCUCUCAUCAAAGCCAUGGCUUCCAGAAGAUCUGAAUCUUCAGUUGAUCUCCACUGUUCAUUUCUCCAAGGAUAGCUCGGCCAUCAUCACCGCAGAAAACCAGGGAUUAUUCAAUGGCGUCUCCAAUGGCGGAUCGGAAUCCAUUUCGAGGGAUGCUGCUCGGACUCCUCUUCUGGUCCGUUAUAAUGGCGUUCUGCGUUAGGGUUUCUGUACCAGCGAGAUCAGACAAGGAGAUGAGGGAGAGGUUCUACGGGAAUCUGUCUCUUGAAUCGGCGCCGCCGGAUUCCGGAGAGGGGAGCAUUGCCAAGAUGUUUGAUCGGGUGCUUGAGAAGGAGUUUACAGAAGGCGAUCAGCCCGAAGGACCUGACUCAAGCAAUUUUAACAGCAGUGUAACUGAUCAACAAGCUGUAUUAGAGACUGUAGCUAGAGUUACUCAUGAGAAGUCCAAGAAAAAUGAUACACAAGAGGCAAAUGGUACUAGAUCAUUUCAGCUUCAAGACGUUUUCACCAUUGAAAAUGAAGGCUCUGAUGAUGAUACAACCUUGAUAGAUAAAAAGGACAAUGUAUUCAUAAUGUCCAAUCGGAAGUCCAAGUAUCCAGUGUUUCAAGUAGAUUUAAGGUUCAUUUCAGACUUGGUGGUUGUAAUCGUCUCUGCUACAAUCGGUGGAAUUGCCUUUUCGUGUGUGGGACAACCAGUCAUUGUUGGUUAUCUCCUUGCAGGGUCUUUUAUUGGACCCGGGGGUUUGAAUUUCGUCAGUGAAAUGGUACAGGUUGAGACUGUUGCACAAUUCGGUGUUGUCUUUCUUCUUUUUGCUUUGGGUCUUGAAUUUUCCUUGACAAAGUUAAGAGUUGUUGGGGCUGUUGCUGUUCUUGGGGGGCUACUUCAAAUUGUUAUUUUUAUGUUCUUGUGUUGUGUAACUGCCCUGCUAUGUGGUGCAAAGUUAUCGGAGGGAAUAUUUGUUGGUGCUUUCUUAUCAAUGUCAUCAACAGCUGUGGUUUCGAAAUUUUUGGUUGAAAAGAAUAGUACCAACGUUCUUCAUGGUCAAGUCACAAUUGGGACACUUAUUCUACAGGAUUGUGCUGUUGGUUUAUUAUUUGCUCUGCUCCCGAUUCUUGGCGGUCAUAGUGGCGUUUUCCAAGGAAUAAUAUCCAUAGGGAAGCUGUUGUUCGUGUUGUCCAUGUUCCUAACUGCUGCAUCUAUAUUGUCUUGGUCAUUUGUUCCUCGAUUCUUGAAGCUAAUGAUACAGUUAUCAUCUCAAACGAAUGAACUCUAUCAGCUAGCUUCUGUGGCUUUCUGCUUAUUAUUAGCAUGGUGCAGUGAUAAGCUGGGUUUAAGUCUUGAGUUGGGUUCAUUUGUUGCUGGUGUUAUGAUAUCCACCACUGACUUUGCUCAACAUACUUUGGAUCAGGUGGAACCAAUUCGUAACCUGUUUGCAGCACUCUUCCUUGCUAGCAUUGGAAUGCUGAUACAUGUACAGUUCUUAUGGAGCCAUGUAGAUAUAUUGCUUGCAUCUGUCAUUCUGGUUGUCGUGGUUAAGACUGCUGUGAGCACUGUGGUGAUCAAGGCCUUUGGGUACAGCAUAAGGACAUCAUUUCUUGUUGGUGUGUUGCUUGCUCAAGUUGGAGAAUUUGCAUUUGUUAUCUUAAGCCGUGCCUCAAAUCUUCAUCUCGUUGAGGGGAAAAUGUAUCUUCUUCUUUUGGGGACGACAGCUCUCAGUCUGGUAACAACUCCUCUCAUGUUUAAAUUGAUACCUGCUGUAAUGCACCUGGGCGUUCUGAUGCACUGGUUUCCGGUGGAGAGCAGCACACAAAAUGAGGAGAGAGCUGCCAUGAUUGAAACCCGGAAUAGAUUGCUGUGACCUGACAUGUGGAUGUUGCUGGUUUAGCUGUCCUUUUCCAAGAAUCUAGUUUCACAACUCCAAAAAAGAAAGAAAGAAUGAAAGAAAAAAAAAAUCGGAGCUUACGAGGAGCGGGGGUUGGAUCACAAUUCCAGAAGACUUGAUCCCUCAAAAGUCAACGUAUGUCUACCUUGUUACCAUAUCUUGAUUUGUAAAUAUGAUUUUCUUUUCAAAGGGAUUGAUCGAAUUUUCUUGCUAAUCUUUUAAGAGAUGUGUAAGUGAUUCUGAUGUAGAUGGAAGUAAACUCAUAAUUCGUCAUCAUUAUCUUUAGUUAUCUUAAAUGAGCUAGAAAUGAAAGUAGAAAGUAGAUACAUUACUUGA